ACACUAUAUCAUAACAUCUUCUCUUCUCUUGACCUUUGAUCUCUGUAACUUCCGCCGGGGAUUUGUACUGCAUUCCAUUCUAUUCCCAAUCCUCUCUUAUCUCAUUAAAUUUCAUCUCUCUUCUCAUCCUUCUUCCUCUUCCUCUUCUUCUCCUUCUCUUACCACUCCUCCUCUGCUGCUCAUGCCUUGAUCUCUCACCAUGUCCUCUUCCUCUUCUCUUCUAUCUCUGGCCUUUAACUCUCUCCCUUUUCUUCUCUUCUUUUCGGCCACUUACUACUACUCAAACACCUUUCUCUAUAAACUAGUUCCCAACAUCUUCAACUUACAAACAAUAUCUCUUAAUCUCAACUCUCUAGGUCUUUCUGACUCUCCCUCUUCAUCCCCAAUCCCAAUCUCAAUCUCAAUCCCAACUCAAAGACUCACCCCAAAAUCUCCCUCCCACAGAUCCUCCUUAUCUAUAUCUCUAUCAAACUACAACAUCCCCCUCUUCCCUUCCUUUAAAAGACUCCUAAAAUCUCUAUUUUCUCUAACCAUAUCCUCCUCGCUUCUAAUCAUCUUCUUGGUUCUCUCUGAAAUCUCUAAAUGGUUCAAUUCGGCUCCAAAACUAUUAAUCCUAAAUCUAAAUCUAUCCCUCCUAAUCAUCCUCCUAA